UCUUCUGCUGUGCGAGACGGAGCACCCCAAACCCUAUUUUAGCUGCGGAUCUGAAUCCAGUUACAAUAUAUACGUACUAACUUCGAUUUCGUUUGCAAGAAUUAUCGGGUGUACAUGUGUACACCCAUGUCCUAUGCUGGUUCCGCCCCUGAUUUCGAUCUGUAGCGCAGCAAAUGCUUAGAGCAAAGGAAAUCUUUCUGAGCACCCUCACUACUAAAACGAAAAUUGUGUUAAAUUUGUUUUCGCAAUCCCUUUUGUUGUUUCCCCAAUAUCUUUUGCUGUCCAUUUCAUAGUACUCUUGCAGUAUCGCUAUGGAAAGCUUAAGAUUCAGUGCUCUACAUCACACAAAAGAUUAUAUUUUGCAUGUGGAGAGUCGCUGAUAUUUCUCUUUAUCUUUUGAGCACAAUAUAUAUAGCUCGAAUCGUUGCUGAUUAUUUGAAAGGAAAAACGAUUUGAAUUUAUCUUGAUAGCAAAGACAAACUUGCAACAUGUCUUGCAUCAGGCCAACAGUCGUAGUAACAGUCAUGGAACGAGUACUGAAUCUGGCCAACAACACACUGCUCUACAUCACACAAAAGAUUAUAUUUUGCAUGUGGAGAGUCGCUGAUAUUUCUCUUUAUCUUUUGAGCACAAUAUAUAUAGCUCGAAUCGUUGCUGAUUAUUUGAAAGGAAAAACGAUUUGAAUUUAUCUUGAUAGCAAAGACAAACUUGCAACAUGUCUUGCAUCAGGCCAACAGUCGUAGUAACAGUCAUGGAACGAGUACUGAAUCUGGCCAACAACACACUGCGUGGAGGCAUCCCAGCUAUGCUCUGCAAUGCAAUCAGUCUCUAGUUCCUUGACAUCUGUUAAACUCGUUAUCUUGAUAAGUUUUUUGGUUGCAAACAAAAUUGAAUGUUGAUUUUUCUACGAUUUGUCAUUUGAAACAACAUUUAUAAGUUACUUGAUAUCAGCAAGAGCUGAUACGUCCUUGGCUGUGGUAGCAGAUUAACAGACAUGGUUUUACGGUAGCUAUAUCCAAUAUUUUCAAGAGGGACUUGGUCCCCGUAACAUUUCUGUUAAUCUACGACUGUUGGCCUGUUGCAAGACAUGAAGGAGUUAGUUAAUGAUACUUAAGGACGUAUGUAUUUAUUUUUUUCCUUCGAUCGAUAUCCACGGGCCAUGGAUUGAUCACAAGCUGAAACUUUAGAGCUCUAAUUUCCAUUGCAGUUGGAAUGUGUGUUUAUUUUUUGCAAUGCUAUAGUUAUAAUUAAAUGAUCUACAAUUAGUUUGCAACUGGAAGUUUGAACUUCCAAACAAAAUUGAAUGUUGAUUUUUCUAUGAUUUGUCAUUUCAAUUUCAGUUUCACUGCAUCUUUUGUGGCCUGUGAUGCUGAUUGUGUCAUUUCAAUUAUCUUUUGAUGAGGCUAUGCGGCAAAAUUUGUAGAUGAGAGGCAGAUUUGAGACUUGUACUGGAUACUUCCUUAUGGCAUCUGAUAUGCAACCACUUAGUGGCCAUGAGAUACCCUCCUGUGCUGUGGAGAACUGUGGAGUUUUUGAUCAUGCAUGUCAUGGCAAAUGCCAAAGCUGUGAUAGUGAUGUAAAACCAUCUUGUGGUGAAGUGAAUGGAAUUUCCUCGUUGAUUGGUAGUCAUACUGAUGGGAAGGCUUCAAAAGAGAACUGUGGAGCAUGCACUUUUACUUAUGAUUGUGCUGAUCUUGAUGGCUGUUUGAUUGCCACAAAUGGAAGUUGCAUGGCUGUUGAUGAGCUAACGCAAGAGUUUGAGAGAGAACAAGCUGGGGCUACACUGGAGGAUCUGGUUUUCUCUAACGAUGAAGAGGACGAUGACAGUGAUUGGGACCCUGCUAGUAGCCUUGUUACGAAUAGGUGGUUUUGCUUGAAUUGCACAAUGCCAAAUGUGGACGUGGUUAUGUAUUGCCUGAAUUGCCAUGAGCUUAAGGGAUCAGGUGUAGAUGGAUAUGAUGCUUUCAAGACUCAAAUUGCAGAGGCAGCUUUGGUAUCUCCUGACACAGAAUUGCCGGCGGUGUCUACAGCGAUUGGUUUUGAUGAAAGAAUGCUGCUCCACAGUGAGCUAGAAGUUAAACCAAAUCCACAUCCAGAAAGACCGGACCGCCUUCGUGCAAUUGCUGCCAGUCUUUCUGCUGCAGGAAUCUUUCCCUCAAAAUGUGCUUUGGUACCCCCUCGGGAAAUUACCAAGGAGGAACUCCUAAUGGUUCAUACUCCAGACCACAUUGAAAGUGUUGAGCAGACAAAGAACAUGCUUUACAGUUACUUCACUUCAGAUACUUAUGCAAAUGGACACUCAGCAUGUGCCGCCAAACUUGCAGCAGGACUCUGUGCUGAUCUUGCUAGUUUGAUAGUAUCUGGGCGUGUUCAAAAUGGCUUUGCAAUGGUGAGACCUCCUGGACAUCAUGCAGGGGUGAAGCAAGCAAUGGGUUUUUGUCUUCACAACAAUGCAGCAGUGGCUGCGUUAGCUGCAAAAAGAGCAGGUGCCAAGAAAGUCCUCAUAGUUGACUGGGAUGUGCACCAUGGAAAUGGCACACAAGAGAUAUUCGAAGGGGACAAAUCUGUCUUGUACGUAUCAUUACAUCGUCAUGAGUAUGGAAACUUCUACCCUGGAACUGGAGCAGCACAUGAGGUUGGAAUUCUUGAUGGUCAAGGCUUUUCAGUUAAUAUACCUUGGAGCCGUGGCGGUGUUGGAGACAAUGACUACAUCUUUGCUUUUAAGACUGUGGUGCUUCCAAUAGCUGCAGAAUUUGCCCCAGACAUCACAAUAAUAUCUGCAGGAUUCGAUGCAGCUAGAGGUGACCCUCUGGGUUGUUGUGAUGUCACUCCGAUAGGAUACUCUAUAAUGACAUCCUUGUUAACUGCGUGCUCAGGGGGAAGAUUGUUGGUGAUACUCGAGGGAGGAUACAAUCUUCGGUCGAUAUCCUCAUCAGCUACUGAAGUUGUUAAGGUCUUAGUUGGGGACGGUUCAAGUUUUGAUGUUGCAACUGCACCAUCAAAAGAGGGCUUGGAGACUGUUUUACAAGUCCUGAAGAUUCAGCAACAAUUUUGGCCAAUUUUAGGUCCAGCCUAUGCAUCACUGCAGGCACAACAGGGGUCGGUUUUUUCCAAAUCUACUAACAAGAAAAGGAAGCAUUCAGGAGUUCCAGGGCCCUUCUGGUGGAAGUUUGGAAGCAAAAGGUUACUGUACAAAGCACUCUAUGAGGGGCCCCUUCUGAGGAAGAUCAAGGGCUUUAGACAAGGAAAAGUGAUUGAUUCGGCAGAGCCUUAGAUGAUACUGGACAUGAACAGCAUAGUUGUCUGACUGGGGUUCCGAAAGCGGCAGUUUGCAUUUACCUAGAGCCAAGUUUUGACUGGUUUCUUGAAUGGUGGUCGACCGUUCUAGAUGAAGUUUGACAGCAACCCCGUUUUGUUGACGUGUGGUGUUUCAGCCGAUGUAUCAUCUUACCCUGUUUUUUGGCUGGUUCGUACCAUACUAGAUUUUAGCCUCCAGGCUCCAGCUUUAGCAACAUAGCCUGAUUGGAGUUUGCGUUCCCGUUGGGCUAUUAGAAUGCCAUUGAUGCAUGUAGCAGAUCCUCUAUUGGAAUACCUUGAAGAUUUUGAAUGGCAUCUCAGUAUUUAGCUCCUGUCAUUGCAUACCUUGAAGAUUUUGAAUGCCAUUGAUGCGGAUUUUAUUGUGCGACUGUUGUCUGAUGCGCAUUUGUUGCUGUGCGGGGACACCUUUGAAGUGUACAUAAUGGCAUGGGAUCUUCAUGUACGAAACGUGAUGCUAACUGUGUUGUUUUAAGGAAAUUGAUUAUCUGCUGCA